AUCCUUUCCCUUCUCUUCUCUUUACUCCUUUUUGCCGGAACUGUGACUCGGUGGUUGUUUGCUCUCCCACCCUCACUUGCCUUUCAUUCUUAACUCCCAAGCGAGUCCUCCUGGGUCUGCCCCGUCCCUUUCUUCCCAGUCUCACUCUGCAUCAGCCUUCUCCCUUAUCUAUCUCCCUUCUCCUUCAGGCCCCCCUCAGGGAAUUGCAGCAGCCUUCCCCUGCCAAAGCCGAUGCCUCUCUGCGUUUCCCACCUGAGGAAUUCUGCAGUUUGAUUCAGAUUUUUCGAGGGGUCGAUAUGCCUUUCAACAUUGUUUCAGCAUGGAACAAGAGAAGAAGAAGCAAAUCCCACGAUCAUAUGGACCCUUGGAUAUAUGAGCCUGUUGAUUAUUGGCAACUUAAAGGACAAAAACCCUCUUUCGGAAGGCGCAAUUGCUCAUCUGUUUUCACUCUCAGGGAAAUGGAGGAGGCAACAUCUUCAUUUAAUGAAGAGAACCUGCUCGGAAAAGGAGGAUUUGGCCGGGUGUACAAGGGAAUUCUCAGGAAUGGAGAGGUUGUUGCGAUCAAGAAGAUGGAUUUACCUCCUUAUAAACAAACUGAUGGUGAACGCGAGUUCCGAGUAGAAGUAGACAUCUUGAGCAGACUGGAACAUCCAAAUUUGGUAACACUGAUCGGAUAUUGUGCUGACGGGAAGGAUAGGUUUCUUGUCUACGAGUACAUGCCGAAUGGAAACCUUCAAGAUUAUUUGAAUGGAAUUAGGGAAACAAAGAUGGACUGGGCUUUGAGGCUGAAGGCAGCACUUGGAGCAGCGAGGGCUUUGGCUUAUCUCCAUUCCAGUUCUGCUGCUGGUAUUCCUGUUGUGCAUAGAGACUUCAAAUCUUCCAACAUUCUCUUGAAUGAAUACUUUGAGGCCAAGAUUUCUGACUUUGGACUUGCUAAGCUAAUGCCGAACGGUGAGGAUAUAUAUGCAACCACAAAGCUCCUAGGUACUUUUGGCUACUUUGAUCCUGAGUAUGCAUUGACAGGAAAGCUCACCUUACAGAGUGAUGUCUACGCCUAUGGCGUCGUCCUGCUUGAACUGUUGACCGGUCGGACAGCAGUAGAACUCAACCAGGGUCCUUGUGAACAAAAUCUUCUGUUACAGGUUCGACAUCUAUUAAAUGAUCGAAAGAAAUUGCGAAAAGUGGUUGAUCCUGACAUGGCUAAAAGCUCAUAUACCAUGGACUCCAUCUCCAUGUUUGUAAGUCUUGCCGCACGCUGUGUUCGCAUGGAAAGCUGCGGGAGGCCAUCCAUGGCAGAGUGUGUGAAGGAGCUGCAACUCAUCAUAUGCGCCAAUACGAGAGUAUAAACAAACCAUGUUGUGAAGAACUCAGAUUCGUAGGAACAGGUUUUUGUAUGUUAAGCAUCCAAUUGAAGAUUUCUUUUGCCAUUUUUCUUUUUAUGUCAUUCGAGAUACUGCAAACAAUUCAAGACACAGUGUGAAUAGUAGGAGUGUUGUGUUUCGGAAUCCAUUUCUUUCUUGUGAA